AUGGACAUAACUCAUUCGCCAGACUUUAUCCAGACGCCUCAACCAGAUAGCUCAGAAAUAGCUGCUAAGAUAGUGUCUCUAUUGUCAAUCACUGUGCUAUCAACACUGUUUGGCACCAAGACGUUCAAUAUUCAGUUUAAAUACCUAUCGUAUUCAAGAUGGCUUGUAUUGGCAUUGUACAUAUUAUCAUGGGCAUUUACUGCCAUCAGUAUGGUCCUUGUUACAACAAAUAAUGCUAAUUUCACCUCGUGUCUCCUGUCUAUCAUGGUAUGCGACGUCUUUUAUUCGGGCACAAAGCUUGUUAUCUAUGCUUGGCUGAUCGAGAAGGUCUACGUUGUAACAUCCACUAGGCAAAGCAGAUUCAAAACCUUGUCGUAUAGAGUACAUGUAUUGCUGAUGAUGCCGUAUGUUGCUAUCCUAACACUGAUGCUUAUAUUUCAUACAGCAGAUUUAGAAGCAUCCGGCGUGUGCAUUAUCGGCCUUCAAUCUGUUGCAGCGAUCCCGCUUAUAGCCUAUGAUUUUGCCAUCAAUCUGUACAUGACUAUAUUCUUUGUUCGGCCAUUGUUGAAAUUAGGAAAAUCACACGAUACAAGCGAUCGAAAGCAAUCAAGACUGCGCGAAGUUGCUCUUCGAACAUUGGUUGCAUCUGUUGUAUGUCUUGUUGUUUCGUUUGCAAACAUCUUUUCUCUGCAGAUGCUUCAUGGCAGAGAACGGGGACUUGUGUGUUUGACAUGCUGUACAGUUGAUGUUACAAUUAAUGUGAUUACCAUUCAUUGGGUCACCACAUCACAAUCCACUGUGCGAAGACCCAAGGAUGCCAGCCAAAUGGACUACAAUGCAAACCUCAACAACUCCAACCCUAAUCACUCGAUGCAGCCUGAUCAGUCUUUCCAUCGUAAACUGAGCGAGCUCGAUAACGACCAUCAACUUACUCGAUUCGAUGAUACGCCGAUCAAUGAGCUUUAUGGUUUCACAGAUCACACCAACAUGCCAGCCAAACUCACACCUCGUAACGAUUCUAAAAUCACAACACUCGACAAAUGCGAUGAUGGUGCAUCGUCAGAAAGCGCGUUUUGCACCUCAUCCUUACAUGAAUCACAGAGUAGCCGCAAAUCACUAACAAAGAAGUGA